CAGUUGGCUAGCGCGUAGGUCUCAUAGCUACUGAGUGAUCCUGAGGUCGAGAGUUCGAGCCUCUCUCACCCCAUUUCUUUUACCUUUUUUUAAUGAACCAAACUCCAUUUGAUCAAAAAAAAAAAAAACAAGCUUUUUCUUCUUCAAUUCGUUUCUCUCUACACUGAGCGAUUUGACCUAAAAUCAGAUCUUUAUCAUUCGAUUUUUCCUCAGGUGAAAAAUAGCGUGAAUUUUUUAUUGUUAGCGCGUUCGAUUAUAGAUGUUUAUGAGUUGGGAACACUUGCUGAUUCGGUUUUAGAUGCAUAUUUGGAUAAAGGGUGACCGCUAGAUUCACUCAUUUAGGUUCAAAGCUGUGAAAGAGUGAGUCUUUAGCUGAUUUAGGAUGAUCUUCGGAUCCUGUUUGUGUUGCCUAGUCUGUUCCUCAGCUUAAGUUUCAGUCUUUCAGACAUUGUGGUUUUAGAUCAGAAUUUUGUGAGAUGGAUAGGUCUUGGUAUAGUGAUCAGUUAGGUGUGAAUAAGUUUGGGAAGAACAUAAAGAAGAAGAGUCCUUUACACCAACCCGACUUCUCAUAUGGUAUUGGUAUCGCUUCGGCAAGGCCUCAACAACCGCAACCACAAGUUUAUAACAUAGUAGGUGAGAAUGACUUCACAAGUUUACCUCAGCCUCCUCAGAAUCCACUAAAGCCUCAGCACAAGAUUAGACCAGCGGCUCUAACACAGACACAUUGGCCCCGUGAUCCACCACCUCGUGUUGUGGCACAACCAACUCAUGAGUUAGUUGCAGUGAGACCACUACCAAUGCAACCUUAUAUGCAUCAGGGUUCACAACCAAUGACGGGUCAUGGAGAACAAUUGUUGUCCAAUACAGCUGAGUCCUCUGUCUCAGUGUAUAUGCGUUGUCUUCAAAGCUCACUAGCAGAUUCAGGACCUAAUGGAAACCAAUUGCAGUCAUCUAAUGAGUAUCAACCGCACGAACCACCACAAACGCAUAAUCAUCAUUGGCCACGGUUCAGUGGUGCUGCACGCGACAAGCCCAUUUUGCCUACUCCUCCUAGGUUCAACAGUCCGCCACAACAGAUUUAUAAUAAUAGUCUUCACACUCCAAGUCCAAGAUUCAACGGUCGAGGGAUAUUACCCACUCCUACUAGAGGCUCAACAUUCUCAUCCAUGGCUCAACCUGGAAUUCUUGGUCCGGGCUGUAUUUCUCAGCAUCCUACAUCUUCUGGUCUUGUGUUCCCAUCAUCACCGUAUGGGCUUUUCCCGAACUCUACUCCAAGAUAUAGGUUGACAGUUUCUUCUUUGCUAGAAAAAGUUAUGUAUCAGCAGCGACCACGAAAUGAUUACUCGAGAGUGAACAACAUGCGGAAGAGUAACUUCGACCUACUACACGCUGUUCAUCAGCCACCGUUCAUCAUGCGGAAGAGUAACGCCGUUCAUCAGCCACCGCAACCACAACCUCAGACACAAGUGUACAUCAUAGACAAGAACGACUUCAAGAGCCUUGUUCAGAAACUAACGAGUUCAGAAUCAUGUGAGCGUUUACCUCAACACCAUCAGAAGAUUAUACCAGAGCCGAUAAACCGGACCUCAUCGGCUCCUCCAAGUGCAAUGUCGGCGGCUCAAGAGGAUCCUGAUGUCUCAUUGUAUAUGCGUUAUCUUCAAAGCUGCUUACUCGAAGAAUCAUCAGGAUCUAAUAUUAUUGGAGACCAAUUCCAACAACCAUUUGAUGAUGAUAAGUAUGAAUCUCACAUGCUGGUUCAAUCUCCUACGCAAUCAAUGCCACAGUGCAAUGGUUUUGAACCGGUCAUCAUACCUAAUAGUAGUAAUACUUUCCCCUCUUCCUGGUUCAGUGGCUCGCCCCAACAUAUGCAGCAUGAUGCUUCCUUACUACAAUCAACAGGAGUUGAUUAUCCACAACCACUAAACUUCACAUUUUCGUCUAUGACUCAACCUGGAGGCUUUGGUCCGGACCUAGACUGCAUUAGUCUUGAUGAGAUUUUUGAUGUCCCAUACGAAAUAAAUUCAUAAUUUAUUUUCCCAAUCGUGAAUAAUAAAUUUAAAAUAUUACUCUAAUGUUUUCCUUAUUUUCAAUAUCAUAGAAAUGUUAAUAA